GCUCUCCGCCUGCGACGGCGCCGCGGCCCGCGCCGAACGCGCCGGCCUGCUCCCUUUCUUCCGCGCUGCGCUGCCGCCGCUGCUGCAGUCGGAAGCCGACCGGGCGGCGCGCCUGCAGGCGUGGCACACGCACACGGGCCACGCGUCGGAGGACCCGAAAGCGCGCGCGGCGGCCGCGCUGAGCGCGCUGUGCGCCGGCUGCCUCGAGCCGCUGGCCGGCGCCGACGCGCGCGCGGAGGUGUGCCCGGCCUGCGGCGCGGCCGC